GAGCACCCCGUGGAAUCCCCCACGUCAUCAUCAGAACCAUCAAUGAGAUGCAAACAUGAAAGACAAGAGGAAGAAGAAGGACCGCACCUGGGCCGAGGCUGCCCGCCUGGCACUAGAAAAACACCCCAAUUCACCAAUGACAGCGAAGCAGAUAUUGGAAGUCAUUCAGAAAGAAGGGUUAAAAGAAACAAGUGGAACUUCUCCAUUAGCCUGUCUGAAUGCAAUGCUUCACACUAACACUCGAAUAGGGGAUGGAACAUUCUUCAAAAUCCCUGGAAAGUCAGGCCUUUAUGCUCUCAAAAAAGAGGAGUCAUCAUGCCCGGCUGACGGAACAUUGGAUUUAGGCUGUGAGUCUGAACUGGAUGGCGCAGAAAUGGCAGAGGCCAACGCCAGUGGAGAAGGAGAUGGAGUUUGUGCGAAGCAGGUAACUGAUGAAGCGUCUUCCACUCGAGAUUCAAGCCUUACUAACACAGCAGUGCAAAGCAAGUUGGCGUCUUCCUUUCAGCAACACACCAAAAAGGCUCUUAAACAGGCUUUGAGGCAGCAGCAGAAGAGAAGAAAUGGAGUCUCAAUGAUGGUAAACAAGACUGUCCCGCGUGUUGUUUUGACACCAUUAAAGGUGUCUGAUGAGCAGUCGGAUUCGCCUUCAGGAUCCGAAUCUAAAAAUGGUGAAGCAGACAGUUCAGAUAAAGAAAUGAAACAUGGGCAAAAAUCUCCCACUGGAAAACAAACAAGUCAGCACUUAAAACGAUUAAAAAAGUCUGGUUUGGGGCACUUGAAAUGGACCAAAGCUGAGGACAUUGACAUAGAAACCCCAGGAUCUAUUCUUGUCAACACUAACUUGAGGGCUUUAAUAAAUAAACAUACGUUUGCUUCCUUACCUCAGCAUUUUCAACAAUACCUCCUGCUUUUGCUCCCAGAAGUGGAUAGGCAGAUGGGAAGCGAUGGAAUUUUACGCCUCAGUUCUUCAGCACUAAAUAAUGAAUUCUUUGCAUAUGCAGCUCAAGGAUGGAAACAGCGACUGGCGGAAGGAGAGUUUACUCCAGAAAUGCAGUUGCGGAUAAGGCAAGAAAUUGAGAAGGAAAAGAAAACAGAACCUUGGAAAGAAAAAUUCUUUGAAAGGUUUUAUGGAGAAAAGUUGGGCAUGUCAAGAGAGGAAUCGAUGAAGCUCACUUCUGGACCAAACAGUAAUGGAGCUGAAAGUAGUUCGUGUGGAACCUCUGGCCUUCCAGGUCUUUCCGCACAGACUCCCUUGGAAGAACAACAGCCAAAAGGCAUGAAAAGUCCAACUUCUCCAGAGCCUGAGUUCUGUGCUACGCUUUGUCCUAUGGUAGAUGUAGGUAAAGAUGUGAUGGCAGAAUCAGAAUCAGAAGAUAUCUUGAUCCCUGAAGAAUCUGUGAUUCAGGAGGAGAUUGCAGAAGAGGUAGAGACUAGUAUCUGUGAGUGUCAGGUUGAAAAUCAUAAGACAAUACCUGAAUUUUCUGAGGUGUCUGAAAGUCCAGCCAACUCUCAUGAAGAGCCCCAAGUAGCACCUCCUGAAGAUAACUUGGAAUCCUGUGUUGUGAUGAAUGAUGUUUUAGAAACUUUGCCUCAUAUUGAAGUGAAGGUGGAAGAGAAAUCCGAAUCUCCCCAGGAAGAAAUGUCGGUUGUUAUCGAUCAGCUAGAAGUCUGUGACUCUCUCGUUCCUUCCACUUCAUCUGUGACUCAUGUCAGUGACACAGAACAGAAGGAGCCAGAAGCUGCAAUAGAGACCAAUAUUCCAAAAAUAAAAACAGGGUCAUCUUCUUUAGAAGGCCAAUUUCCCAAUGAAGGAAUUGCUGUAGAUAUGGAGCUACAGAGUGAUCCUGAUGAACAGCUUUCUGAAAAUGCUUGCAUCUCUGAAACUUCCUUCUCUUCCGAGAGCCCAGAGGGAGCCUGUACCAGCCUGACAUCCCCAGGAGGGGAAACCCAAUCCACCUCAGAGGAAUCAUGUACUCCAGCCUCCCUUGAGACAACGUUUUGUUCUGAGGUGUCCAGCACUGAAAAUGCAGACAAAUAUAAUCAGAGAAAUCCCCCUGAUGAAAACCUUCAUGCAUCUUUGAUGUCAGAAAUAUCUCCAGUAUCCACUUCACCUGAAAUAUCAGAGGCAUCUCUGAUGUCCAGUUUACCUUUGACAUCUGAAGCAUCCCCAGUAUCAAAUUUACCUUUAACAUCAGAAACAUCACCCAUGUCUGAUUUACCUUUGACAUCAGAAACGUCUUCAGUGUCUUCCAUGCUUCUCACAUCUGAGACCACCUUUAUAUCCAGUUUGCCACUUCCUUCAGAAACAUCUCCGAUUUCUAAUUCUUCCAUGAAUGAAAGAAUGGUGCAUCAGCAAAGAAAGUCUCCUUCCCUAUGUGAAGAACCACUCUCCCCACAGAAAGAUGAAGGCUCUGCCCCUGCCAAGCCUCUGGGAGAGAGCCUUCUCUCUCAACAGAAGACUCUAUCAAAUACUCCUGAACCUAUCAAAAUGGGUUCCUCCAUUGUUCCUGAAGCAUUUCCAUCUGAAGACUUGCACAGUAAGACUCUGAAUCAGCAGCCUUGUAAAUCACAUGUUGAAACUGAAAAGCCCUAUCCUGCUUCAAUUCCAGAACUUCCUUCUAUAGAAAUGAUAAAAGUAAAAAAUCAUAAUGUCCUGCAAAGAACAGAAAAGAAAGGGGCGUCUUCACCAUUGGAGUUACCUGUCUUUUCUGAAGAGACAGAGAAUAAGGGAAAUGAGCUUCCAUCAGCUAAAUUACAAGACAAGCAAUAUGUCUCAUCAAUGGAUAAGACUUCAUAUUCAGAAGGCUCUAGAAAUAAAACACAUAAGCAAGGGGGCUCACAGAAUCGGUUGGAGACCUCGCAUUCUUCCAAGUUGUCAGAGCCCUCCAAGUCACCUGAUGGGGUAAGAAAUGAAAGUAGAGAUUCGGAGAUAUCAAAGAGGAAAACUGCAGAGCAACACAGCUUUGGAAUCUGUAAGGAAAAGAGGGCUAGGAUAGAAGAUGAUCAGUCAACCCGGAACGUACCAUCCAGCAGCCCACCUGAGAAAGAACAGCCUCCAAGAGAGGAGCCCAGAGUUCCGCCUCUCAAGAUCCAGCUUUCCAAAAUUGGGCCACCUUUCAUUAUCAAGAGCCAGCCGGUCUCCAAACCAGAGUCUCGAGCAUCCCCUAGCACAUCAGUCGGCGGUGGGAGGAACACAGGAGCCAGGACCCUUGCAGACAUCAAGGCCCGGGCCCAGCAAGCGAGGGCCCAGCGAGAGGCAGCUGCGGCAGCUGCUGUAGCCGCCGCAGCGAGCAUCGUCUCAGGAGCCAUGGGGAGCCCAGGAGAGAGUGGAAAGGCGAGAACCCUGGCACAUAUCAAAGAGCAGACAAAGGCGAAGCUCUUUGCAAAGCAUCAAGCCCGAGCCCACCUCUUCCAGAACACUAAAGAGUCCCGGUUGCCUCCGCUCGGCUCAAAGGAAGGGCCUCCAAGCUUAGAAGUCUCUUCUGCCCCUGAAACAAAAAUUGAAGGGUCAACCGGCGUGAUUAUUGUCAAUCCAAACUGCAGAUCUCCUAGCAACAAGUCUGCGCACCUCCGAGAGACCACCACUGUAUUACAGCAGUCUCUUAACCCAGCUAAACUUCCAGAAACUGCCACGGACUUAUCUGUGCAUAGUUCUGACGAGAAUAUACCCGUGUCACAUUUAUCUGAGAAAAUUGUUUCAUCUACCUCUUCUGAAAAUAGCAGUGUGCCCAUGCUUUUUAAUAAAAAUUCUGUCCCUGUGUCUGUUUGCAGCACUGCUAUGUCGGGAGCAAUUAAAGAACAUCCCUUUGUGAGUUCUGUUGAUAAAUCCUCUGUUCUAAUGUCUGUUGACAGUGCAAACACCACAAUUUCUGCUUGUAAUAUAAGCAUGUUAAAAACCAUCCAGGGAACGGACACUCCGUGCAUAGCCAUUAUACCAAAAUGUAUUGAAAGCACUCCUGUCCCCGUCCCGGCCGAGGGCUGCAGUGUCUCGAGCCCCAUGGACGACAAGCAGUUGCUACUGCCCAGCAGCAGUGCUAGUAACCUGGUCCCCAGCAAGUAUGCCUCUGUGCCAACUCCCUCCGUUGGAAAUAACUUGCCAAACCAUCUCUCCACGAGUUCCAUCUUGAUUCCCCCAACGGGACUUAGCAGCAGAUUUCCUUCUGAGAAGCUAGCCAUGCCUGGGAGUGAAGAACAGGCGCCUGGGCCCCUGGGUACCACUGUGAGAGCCGCCCUGAGCUGCAGGGAGUCGGCCGUGGCCACAGACGCUCUGGCCGCACGCCCACCUGUCGCAGUGUUUACUGGAAGCAUGCUGACCAUAAACUCCUACGAGAGUCCUCCCAAGUUAAGUGCAGAGAGCUCAGACAAACAUUCAGGGCCUCGAAACAGGGCAGACAAUUCUGGGAAACCUCAGCCACCUGCGGGGGGCUUCGCACCAGCAGCCAUAAACAGAUCGAUCCCAUGUAAAGUCAUCGUGGACCACAGCACCACGCUGACCUCCACUCUGUCUCUGACCGUCUCCAUCGAGAGUGCAGAAGCCAGCUUGGACCUCCAGAGCAGGUCCGCAAGGACAGAAGCCUCCGUGCAGCCCACGGCGUGCCCCCAGGUAUCUGUCAUCAGCAGGCCGGAGGCGGCUGCCCCCGAAGGCAUAGACCACGGCUCGAGUUUCCUCAGCGCUGCCUCAGCGAAGCAGGAGUGCACGACGGUGCCGGCAGCCUGCUUGAGUCUCCGAGAAGGACCCCUGGUGGUUCCGGACAAACGAAGCGAAGGGCCCGCUCCUGGUACUAGCUUUGCCGAGCAGGCACGUGGCCCCGCCACUUUCAAAAGUGAAGCUGACAUAAGCUGUAGCAGUCAGUACAACCCAGGCAGCCGGAUUUGCUGGAAUGAUGAGGGCAUGCGGAGCACAGGACAGCCUCUGGUUGGUCACCCUGCUUCAAGUAAACAGAAGGAGUAUCUGGAGCAGAGCUGUCCAAAGGCCGUCAAAACUGAACACACCAGCUACUCCCACAUGUCAGAACUUCACCCCAGGAAUCUCAUAACGAAUGUCACUCUCCCCGUGAAGUCUGAACCUCAUGAAGUGGACAAGGGCUUUAGAAUGGACACUGAAGACUUCCCCGGCCCUGAGCUGCCUCCUCCGGCUGCGGAGGUCGCCCCUAGCAUGCCGCAGACACAGAGUGUGAAGGCUCCCGCCUCUGGCCCCAUGGAAGAGGUGAUUUCCUUGGCUACAGACCCCCUGAAAAGAGUCCCCAGCGCAGGGGGCUCCGGCUGCCGGCUGUCCUCUGUGGAGGCUAACAAUCCACUGGUGACACAGUUACUCCAGGGCAACCUGCCUUUGGAAAAAGUGUUGCCUCAGCCCAGACCGGGAGCCAAGCUCGAGAUCAGCAGGCUCCCUCUGCCUCUUCAAACUACCUCAGCGGGGAAGACAGCACCGGAGAGGAACAUCGUCGAAAUGCCGUCCAGCUCUCCGAACCCGGACGGGAAGGGCUACCUGGCGGGGACACUUGCACCACUACAAAUGAGAAAGCGAGACAACCACCCCAAAAAGAGAGUCGCCAGGACUGUGGGGGAGCACACUCAAGUUAAAUGCGAGCCAGGGAAAUUGUUGGUGGAGCCAGAUGUGAAAGGGGUGCCUUGUGUCAUCAACUCGGGCCUGACCCCGCUAGGAGGACACAGCCAGCCAUUUAAGCAGGAGUGGCUGAACAAGCACCCCAUGCAGAACAGAAUUGUUCACAGCCCCGAGGUCAAACAGCAGAAGCGGCUGCUCCCCUCCUGUAGCUUCCAGCAGAACCUCUUCCAUGUCGAAAAGAACGGCAGCUUCCACCCUGAUGCUGGUACCUCACACAGACAGCAGUUUUACCAAAUGCCUGUGGCUGCCAGGGGCCCCAUUCCGAGUGCAGCCCUGUUACAGGCCUCUGCCAAGAGCCCCAUGGGCUGUAAUGCGUUUGCCUUCAACAGGCAUCUUGAACAGAAGGCAUUGGGAGAGGUUGGCCUUUCUUCCACACCACACCAGCUAAGGUUAGCCAACAUGGUAUCCCCCAACAUGCCCAUUAAAGAAGGUGAUGAUGUGGGAGGGGCUGCCCACGCAGUGCCAAACAAAGCACUCGCGCAUCCCCCGCCCCCACCCCCUCUGCCCCCUCCGCCCUUGGCCUUGCCCCCGCCUCCCCCACCACCACCUCCGCUACCUCCACCUCUCCCUAAUGCAGAAGUCCCACCCGAUCAAAAGCAACCACCGGUUACCAUGGAAACCACUAAGAGACUUAGUUGGCCACAGUCCACGGGCAUAUGUAGCAAUAUAAAAUCGGAACCUCUUUCUUUUGAGGAAGGUUUAAGCAGCAGCUGUGAACUGGGCAUGAAACAAGUUUCCUAUGACCAGAAUGAAAUGAAAGAACAGUUAAAAGCAUUUGCGCUAAAAAAUGCAGAUUUCUCUUCCUAUUUGCUUUCUGAGCCACAAAAGCCUUUUACCCAAUUAGCUGCUCAGAAAAUGCAGGUGCAGCAACAACAGCAGCUCUGUGGAAAUUAUCCAACAAUACACUUUGGUAGCACGAGCUUCAAAAGGGCAGCAUCUGCAAUUGAAAAGUCCAUUGGGAUUUUGGGAAGCGGCUCCAAUCCCGCCACGGGCCUGCCUGGUCAGAACGCUCAGAUGCCCGUUCAGAACUUUGCCGACAGCAGCAACGCGGAUGAAUUGGAACUGAAAUGCUCUUGCCGGCUGAAAGCCAUGAUUGUGUGCAAAGGCUGUGGGGCCUUCUGCCAUGACGACUGCAUAGGUCCCUCCAAACUCUGUGUAGCUUGCCUGGUUGUGCGGUAAAGAGCUAAGGCAAGAUGCAGUAUCCCUUUUCAACACGGAAAAGCCAAACGGCGUCAGCAGCAACACAUUGAAUAACUCAGUGGUUUAUAUCGUGAUAAUUUAUUUUACUUUGGAACAGAUUAUCUUUUCUCUCUGGGAUUCUUUACUUGCAUUUCCCAGAAAGGGGAGAUUGCAUCCCAACCGAAUGGCUCAGCGGCAUGUCUUUUGCAUAUUAAGUUACCAUCCCCAGCUUUGGAAAAUUUCUGUCCAAGUGUACACAGGUCACUAACCCAUUCGUUUUGGUUUUUUGUUUGUUUUUUUUUAAAUCCAGGUGUAGAUAGGAAAAGGACAUUUUUAAUUACUUAAUGCUAACCAGAGAUGCAAAUGUAGAAAGAGAAUGGUGAAAGUGAUUUAAGGUAGUUGGUUUUUCAUUCUUCUGUAGAUAACCAUUUCAUCAAGGGUUUUCACAGUUGACUCUUCUGGACCUACCUUUACCGCAGUGAUUAAAUCAUAUUUGGAAAGGGGAAUCUGAUUUAGAUGUAUGAUUCCUUGUAUUUGCUCAUAUCAUGAAAGAUACAUUAAAGGAGGUAUGCCAGUAAUGCACUCCACUCUCCUUAUUCUCUUCCCUCCCUGUUUACUCUUUUCAGAGACUGGCAGAAUGUCUGGGUCUGCCUUGGACAUUGUGCACACAUUGUAGUGAAAUGUGUCUGAUAUCUGAAAUUGCCGUGUGGGCCUCAAGCCCAGGAAUCUGGUUCCAGCCCUUGGACACCUGAUACUGUAAGGUCAGUUGACCAACAGAGGCCCAGAGGCCCAGAGGCCCUUAGGAUUGCAGAGCAUCAUGUGUAACUUUUAAGAGCAAGUAUGAAAAAAA